AGUUCGUCUACUCGUAGCCAAAGGUCUGGUUGUGAGAGCUGUUGUUCUGAAAAAGUAAAAUCGAAAAGGAUGUCUCAUUAUGUGUAAAACCAGUAAGUCGUAACUAUAAUUAUAUAAAGCUCGUUGAAAAACAAUUAAUUUGAAUCGACGGAUUCCCCCCCCCCCCCGAUCUCUGUGUGCUACAUGGAACGAUAAUUUCAUCGACAAAAAAUAAGGCAAUUAACUAGCGUGACAGGGUUUUCCACAAGCAAUGUCCUUGGCAAUUGUCAGUCUGAUUCUGAUACGAGCACUAAUUUCCGUGGACCUUAUCGGCAAACACCAACACGUUAGUAGCUGUCGAACUAAUCGGCGAUGUUUCACCCGCCCCGUCGAAGAGUUUUACUUUUUAUCAUCAUUGGGUUUGGCUGCUGCAUCAUCUUGUUCAUGAACCAAUUACUUUACACACAACAAUCCCAGUCAAUUACAAACAUCAAAGAGUACACCAAUGGAAUAAUUAUUGAAGACGAAAAUAACGAUCUCUACUCAAAGGUGCGCGUGUUGUGCUGGGUUAUGACGUCACCCGACAAUCACAAAACAAAAGCGUUAGCAGUCAAAGAAACGUGGGGUAAACGCUGCAACAUUUUGCUGUUUAUGAGUUCCGCAGAAGAUUCAACAUUACCAACUGUGAAUCUGCCCGUGCGUGAGGGCCGAAACGGACUUUGGGGUAAAACACGGGAGGCAUUUCGUUACGCAUGGAACAAUUACAGAGAUCAAGCAGACUGGUUUUUGAAGGCUGACGAUGACACUUAUGUUAUUGUUGAGAAUUUGCGAUAUUUCCUAUCAGCCUUUAACACAUCGACACCGUUGUGGUUCGGCCACAAGUAUAAGGUAAUUGUUAAAUCAGGAUAUUUCAGCGGUGGAGCUGGUUAUGCGUUAAGUAAAGAAGCGACCAGGAGGUUCGUCGAAGAAGGUUAUUUUAACGCACUCAAAUGUCGACACGAUCACGAAGGGGCGGAAGAUGCAGAAAUGGGAAAAUGCAUGGAAAAUCUCAACGUCUCGACAAUGGACACGCGGGACUCUAAAGGAAGGGGCCGAUUCUUCCCCUUCGUUCCAGAGCAACAUUACUUUCCUGGUAAAAUUACACCAACUUAUUGGUACUGGAAUAAUAUUUAUUAUCCACCCACAAAGGGUAAAGACUGUUGUUCUGACAGUGCCAUAUCCUUCCACUACGUCAAUCCUCAAUUGAUGCACAUAUUCGACUAUUUGAUUUAUCAACUUCGCCCUUAUGGAAUGCCAGCCGAUCAACGACCUGCAACUCCCGAACCACCUCCAGACUUCAAUCUGACUGCUUUACCGUGGUUCGCCCCUCCAGAUGAAAUCAUUACUAUUCCUAGCACAAGCACAACUGAAAAAAAUAGUGUACUUCCACCAACUAUGUUAAACACAACUCUUUCCUUACAACAGAACGCUACUAUAAACCAAACACAACUGAACUUGACGGAUGCCAAUUUUUCCAAUUCGACAAAUCCAGAAAAUAUUGUUGAUCUUACUCCUAAAAGUGCUACUACUAUCCAAACUGAACUGAAUUCAACGGAAGCCAAUUCUUUCAAUUUGACAAGUCCUGAAAAUCUUGUUGAACUUACUUCAAAAACAAAAAGGGCGGGAGUAGUAAACAAAUUACGGAGUGCAAUUUUCGGAUAAUACAACUUUUUUCUACAUUCAAA